AUGGCUUUAUAUAAUUCCACUGGGACCUCUGAGGUGGAAAAAACGGUGCCCACUUAUGAGGAUCUGGGUGCGUUCUAUGUGGAUACCGAUGGCUAUCCACAUGGCUAUAUAUUUGGAUAUACCAGUCAUCUAAUGCGAAGAAAAGCUCAGGUAAGCGCAAAACAUAAAAAAAAUAGGUUAAAUGACAAAUUAAAAUAUUGCAUAUGCAACUAAGGUAUUGCAAGUGGUGAUAUUUAGUUGCUGACUGAAUGGUAAAGAAGUCUAUGCGUCUUUAUCAGAUAAAUGUACUUUUGUUUGCUGAUGACUCGCCGUAGUAGUCCAAGAUUCAGCACCAUGAACAGCGCUCGAUCUUCGGUGGAUAACUUGUUACUUCGUUGUCGUGCUAAGUUCACAGCAAGCACGCUCUAUUUCAUGAGACAGACUGGCUACGAAAAUAUACUGUCAGAGUAGGUUAUGUCUGCAAAAGUAUGCCGUUGAAAGUUAGCAAAGGUUUUUAGUGCAAAAUGCAUAAAGGCUAUUGAGAAAUGUCGGUUACACAAAAAGGAGUCACGAGACCAGACUUUCCAUUUUUGUUGAACACCUUUUUAUAUACCGGCGCUGUUGACUACCACAGCAACUCAAAGCCAUGCCAACUUCUUUUAAAAAGAAUGUCAAAAGCUGGCUAAUGAUCGAGCAAUAGAAGAAAGAAAAAAUGUCUGUAUGUAAUGCUCUAGGCUAUGACAAUGUCGUCCUGUUCUUUGUUUUGUUUUGUGUAACCAACGUAUGCCUAGUAGACUAUGCUUACGUUUGUAAUUUUUUAAAAACUAUUUAAGAGGACCACAAUGGAAAUACGUUUUCAAAACUUUUUGGUGUCAUCUUAGAUGAUUGUAAAUGCAUUAUCCACAUGUGUGGUUGCAUUGUGUUUUAAAUUGUCAAAUAAAUCAAUCUAUUGUCAAAUCAAUCUAAUGAGUGAUUUUCAGUAGGCUAGUCUAUCCACGCAACAGCAGCAGUUGUUUGACGAUGAUGCACUCGAGAAACACAGAUAGGCUACGGACGUGCUGUCAUUCCUCAUAUGUCAGAUAUUAAUGUCUAGACUGUGAGCUGAAAUCAGUAGCCUAAUAUAUAACGAGUAAUUGUGUCAGAUAAUGGUCAGGUGAGGGCGCCAGAGCAAUACGAACCAGGGCCUUCGUCUUAUUAUAAGAGGUGGUGUUAGCAGCCUACCCAACACGAGUCCUGUAGCCUACUGUUUGGCGAGCGUGAGUUCUUGACUAUAAAUAAUUACGAUCACACAGGCGCACAAAAUACAUCCAAAUGGGUCUUUGCAUACGGGACUUGAGUGUACACGAGUAGCUUCGAUAAUCAGUCAGGCCAAGCACUCUCCGUCCUCACUGUUGUAAAUGUGCGGACUUUGGUAUGAAAAUGACGCAAUUACAAUGUCGAUCACAAAGCCUAGCAAUUUUUUAAGGAUGUCGUUCAUAAAUUGAAACAGUAGCCUAAUCCUUGUCAUCAAGAGUGAAAAAAAGUGAUAUACAUUUUGGCAAGGUAAUACGAGAUUUAUUACAGUCAAUCAAUAAAAAUGAUACUGUUUCAUCUCCAUUAUUAUCUAUAGCCUAGUAGGCCUAUGUGCAGUCUAAUUGUGAAACUGAACUUUCAUGACAGAGCGCCCCAUAUCCCCUAGUCAAACGUCCCAUCACAAAGUUAGAGGAAGUUGAAACCGAGAGCUCCACCCAUCCAUCCCAUGGAGGCUAUUACCUCAUCCGAACAUUCCACCAAAUUGAAUUCUAUCGCUGUCAGACGCGCUGUGGGAAUGAAUUAAACUGCCAAGGGACUACUGCGAGGACUAUCUUAUCACCAUACAUUUUUCUGGGCGAUUUACCAAUAUAUGCAAGGGCCAAAUCGUCACCAAUAAACGUGGGAACUGUAGGCAAUAACAUUACAGGUUCAAUCGAAAAAGUGUGUGAGUUGGUAACAUAUACGAGAUGUACUCACAGUAUUGGAAUACGGCUCGAGGACGCAAACCAGACUACAGGAGAUAUACGGUGAGGUCCCUUGAGUAUAUCGAUGGAUGACGUUUCAGAUGUCUGAGAUGAGUUAACUAUACAACUUUUUUGCUAUGCAUUGUGUAAAGUAAAACAUCAGACCCUGACUAUAGGCUAUGGCUUUCUUUUUGUUUAUAUGGAGACCGUUGCAUAUCACCUUUUAGGGGCAAUCUGCAAUUGAUACAUACAUUUUUGUACUUUUAAUUAUAUAUAUAUAUAUAUAUUUAAUUAUAUUAUAUUAAUUAUAUAUAUUAUACCCAUUGAUUGUUGAAUAAUAUAAUUUAUAAAUGCCUCAUGAGCUUAAUUCAACUGUCAUACCCCAUCAAAACCCAAAACCUGUUUUACUAUUUGUAAAAAUAAUAAUUGUAAACAAACACUGAAUAGCCUCAAGACAUGAUUAAAACAGUCAUUUUGAUCUCAUGGAUAGUCAGUCCUUGCAACCAUAGCUGUGUUUAUGAAUUUGAGACCCAUCCUGCAGCUGUUUACCAAAUCAGUGGCGGGGUAACUGCUUUGUUGAUGUUUGAAGUGCAGAUUGCCCCUUUAACCUAUCACCUUUAACGUAAUUGCUCAUGGGCGGAAGUGUCUGUUGAAUGUGAUUACCUACACCUGUGCAUUAUUAUCAAUUACAAUCCUCCAUCAUACAGGUGUGCAUAUGCAUUCUUGCUGUAUUGAUAACUAGUCAGAAGACAGACACCUUUAUUAAAACUUGUAUUUCUUCCCUGUUUUAUAAGGUUGUUGAGGGAGAGACCCUGAUAUCUCUGGGAGUCAAUCCAAGGAAGAGGCUUCACUCAGCGCCGGUGGAGGAUGUUGAAUGCGGCGGCCGGCCAAACCCCGAGGGCGCUGGGUCAGUGUCCGUGACGGAGUUGAGUCACUAUGGGGAAAAGGGAGAAGGCGAGGGGACCUUGUGCCAACGAUGUCAGAUCAUUGCUACAGAGCUGAACAGGCAAGCGCUUGCUUUGGCCGACCCUGCGUCCCUGAAGGUUUGUAACUUUGAACGCUCCGCUCUUCACCAUUAA